UUCCAGACUGAUGACGUGGUUCGGUGGUUGUUCACAGCAGCAGGAUGGCCGACCAGAGUAGGCAAAUUAAACUCGCUGCAGCUAAGAAAAAGCUAAAGGAGUUUCAGCAGAAGGGCUCCCCUGCCAGCCCUGGAGGGGAAAAAGCAGUUGUUGCAGGGGCAAAAAAGAAAAGAAAAGUUAAAGGAAAUCAACUUGAUCUAUCUUCUGAAGAAAGAAGCUCUCCUGAUCAUGUCAAUUUUGACAAUAUAUUGAAAUCUCUUAGUCAAAGCAAUGGACUAGUGCUCCCUCCAUUUGAACACAGCCAGACCUUUUCUGAUGUGGAGCCGUUGGCGCCCUCAGUUCUUCCUAUGCACGAGGACCCAAGUCCGGAGUCGGCUCAGAACUCAGCAGUGUCUAACCCCGCUAACACUAAUAAUACUAACACUGAGUUUGUCAGUCACAACAGUGAACUGCAGGAAUAUUCUGAUGCAAAUGGGAAUGGAGGUUUAUCAGAAGAACUGCGACCCUUGUCUUCUACUGAGAGUUUGCGCCAACUUUCACAGCAGCUCAAUGGCCUGGUAUCUGAGUCAUCCACUGCAUAUGUCAACGGAGAUGUUGCGCCUUCUGUUGGCGAAAGAGAACUGGAGAAUCGCAAUCAGGAGCUGGCAGCUGCUUUGGAGUCCAGCAACACCACAAACUCUCAGCUCAAUACCAAAGUGGAGCAGCUGACACAGCAGUCCCAGGAACUUUCUGAUCAGUUACAAAAGGACCGCAAAGAAUUUGAACAGAAGUUUGCAAAAGAGCAGUCAGCCAUGAGAGAGCAGUUACAGGUUCAUAUCCAGACAAUUGGUAUAUUAGUAUCAGAAAAAUCAGAACUGCAAACUGCCCUGCAGUAUACUCAACAAGCUGCACGCCAAAAAUCAGCUGAGGCAGAAGAAUUAAACAAUAGACUUCAAUCAACAAAGCAGAGAGUGUCCGAGUUGGAGAGGACCCUUUCCACUGUUUCAACGCAACAGAAAGUCUUGGAGAAGCAUAACAAAGAGCUUGAGAAGGAGAGGGACAACCUGAGAUUAGAAGUGUUAAGAAUCAAUAAUGUGAGUGAGGAAUCAAAGCAACAAAGCUCAGAGAUGUCUGAACAAAUUAAGCUCAUAACCCAGGAAAAUGCACGUAUGAAACUGGAGCUGGAGGAUCUUCAUAAGAGGCUUGAGCUUGCUGACCUGAUGUUGCAGCAGUGCUCCUCUCAGUCUGACCCAACCAGCUCAAAUCAACACCAGAUAAUAUUGGAAGAAAAACAGCAACUAGAAUCACAAACCCACCAGCUGAUGGAGUCUGUUUCGCAACUAAAGGCAGAAAGAGACCGUUAUGUGGAGCAAAUCCAGGAGGAGGGCCGUGUGUGGAAGGACAAAACAGAACAGCUUCUAACCCAAGUUGCCUUAGUGGCUGAGGAGAGAGACUUGAAUAUUAGCAGAGUUCAAGAACUGGAGGCAAGCGUGAAAGAGCUAAAAGAAUCUAUAGCAACAUUUUCCCAAGAAAAAGAGACUCCAAAUGAAGCAGAGCCACAGUCCACCGGUCCGUCAGAGAGUGAAGUGGCUCUUCAGCAGGCACUUAACAAUAUACAGCAACAGAAUGAAGCCUUAAGUGCACAAUACCAGACACAGUUGCGGGAUAAUGAGCAGCUGAGUCGCCUGUGUACGGAGCAGGAAGCCCGUCUGGAUGAGCUGGAGCGGCAGUUGCAGAGUCAGACUCAGGAGGCAGGGGACCGGCGGCGCAUGCUGGAGGAUGUUCAGUCUGACAAGGCCACGAUCAGCCGUGCACUCACCCAGAACCGCUCGCUCAAAGAUCAGCUGGCAGAGCUGCAAAAUGGCUUUGUCAAACUUACUAAUGAGAACAUGGAACUGACUACGGCCAUCCAGUCAGAGCAACAUGUCAAAAAGGAGUUGGCUCGAAGAAUGGGUGAAAUACAGGAGGAGCUGCACAAUGUGAAAGAGCAGUUAGAAGAAAAGGGUAAAGAGGUCCAAGGUCUGCUUGAGCAGAGGGAGCAGUUGGUUGUCCACCUGCAGCAGUACUCUGCUGGGUACCAGGCCAUGGCCUCAGAGCGAGAGCAGCUUCACCGUCAGUAUCUGCAGCAGUGCCAGAUCAUGGAUCGGCUCCAGCACGAGGAGAGCCAAGGCCGAGUGCAGCUGGAGCUCAGCCACAACCAGCUCAAAGAAGCACAGGACCACCUGGACAAACUGGUGAAGGACAAUGAACAGCUGAAAACUGAAGUGACAGAACUGCUCAACAGCUCAGCACUGGCCACUCCACCCAGAGUUCAAGGUGAUGGGAUUGAGCAUCAUGAACCAGAAGAAAGUGAACAAACGUCUUCCUCAAUAGUUAUUCCAGAGGAUUUUGAAAGCCAGAAAGAGAUGGAGGACUUUAUCCGUGGGACGUUGGCUCGGGUGGAGGCCGAGCGGGAUGAGGCUCGGAGGCGGCUGGAGGAGGAGCACAGACUGCACAUGGCGGCGCGGCAUCAGGCGUCUCUGGCCUUCAGCGUCGAACAUCACACUCACACAUCUGAUUCUCAGGAGGAACACAGCCACUGUCAACACAAUCACGACAACUCUGAAGGUGGGGUGCCAGUGGAGGUCCAUCAGGCUCUGCAAGCUGCAAUGGACAAACUUCAGCAGCGUUUCACUUCCCUGAUGCAGGAAAAGGCCGACUUGAAGGAGAGAGUGGAAGAGCUGGAGCACAGAUGCAUCCAGCUGUCAGGCGAGACCGACACGAUCGGAGAGUAUAUCGCCUUGUAUCAGAACCAACGCGCCAUCAUGAAGCAGAAGCACCAAGAAAAGGAGCAGUACAUCAGCAUGCUGGCCCAGGACAAGGAGGAGAUGAAGGCAAAGCUAGCAGAGCUACAGGAUCUGGUUAUGAGACUAGUAUCUGAAAGAAACGAGUGGUACAGCUGCUACAACAGCACCGUCGCAGGCAAAGUCAACCCUGAUCUACUCCCUCUUGGCCAAGACUACUUCCACUCAGAAGACCAUUCUCACACAGAGUUAAAUGCCGUCAGUGGAGAAGAAGCCAUGGAGGUCAUUCCUUUAUCAGAACCAGCCACAGCUGUCGAUGGUCCUUCGUCACAAACUCUUGCACCUGGGCCAUCGCAGACUGAACCUAAACCUUUAGUGCCAAAAGACGGAACAGCACAGCAGAUAAUGCAGCUGCUGCAGGAGAUCCAGAACCCCCAGGGAGUACCACGUGCGCCCCCUUUCUUGGGUGAAAAUCCUUGCAUCCCAUUCUUUUACAGGCCUGACGAACAAGAUGAAGUGAAGAUCCUGGUGGUGUGAGAUGUGCUUUAUGUGUCUGGUCUUGAACGUAACUUGAAGUUGGAGAGAUAUUACAGUACUGUCGACAAAAACAGAGGUUAAACAUAACUGCACAAAACUGUUCAGAGAUUUUUUCUUUGAAAGAUCAGUGAAAUUAUUUCUCAAGUUUUCUGGGAGGGAGUAGUCUUUCUUUCUGUUUAAGACAUUCUUUUUGUACAUUAGU